CAGUUAGAGUUUCUUUAUGCUUUAUUUUAGUUACACUAGUCACCAUUGGGAGCGAGCAAGUGCUGAGAAAGAGAAUCGAGCAAAUUGUAAAAAUUCGCAUGGGAAUGGAUGAAUCGGUGGAAACAGAAAGUUAUUAAAUACUGCUUCUACUAUUGCAUUAAUCAUCAAUCGAUUUGAUGAUCGUUUAUAUUCGAUGCGAGAUGGCACAGAUGAUUCGUUGCGUUAUCAUCGCAUUGCUGCUUUUGCCAGUGCCAGGUUUCGUGACGGAUGUAAAUGACGCUCACAGUUAUACUCUCCUUAUUAAGGAUGUUCGUAACUAUUACGGGACAAGUUGCAUCGUAAUUGUGCAUUCGGAUAACAGUACCGAUUUCAAUUACGCGUCGCUGACUUACAUAUGGACUCGCGCUUUCUCGCAACAAGGCAUCUUGACGAUGGUCGUAAGCUUCUCCAGGAUGUCACGCGAGACCAAGAAAUACAGGGACUUCGUGAUGCGUCCGCUGUACGUCGUUAUUCUCACUACGAACGAGACCAUGAACGAAUUUUCGACG